CUCAAAAAGACUGUGGUACAUUCAUUCACUGCUAAGGUCUGCUCUGAGGUUUGUGCCUUUUAAAAGGAAGGUUUUUCCUUGCCGCUGUCACCAGAUGCUUGCUGAUGGGAUGUUAGGUCUCUUUCUAUUAAAAACUAAAUGAAAGAGUUUAGUCCAGACCUGGCAAUCAUUUCUGUUUGAAAACUUGAAAAUUGGUUUAUGCUAUUUUUUAAACUUGAGCAAUCUUUAUUAGUAACAUGCUAGUAAUAUGUUUGCGCCCUAAACCAUCUGUUCUCAUCCCUCUGUGUUGUUGUUGCUCCAUUGUCUUGCAGCAUUGUUUCAGAGUCUGCACUCUGUCCAGCUAAACAGGCAGAACAAAAGAGCAGUAUUAUGUCACUGACUGACAAACAAAAUAGAUAUGUGUGUAUCUGUUUGAUGCAUUACCGUUCACCUAAAACCCAUGUGUCUUUGCUUUGCUCCCUGACCUCACUGUCUCUGUCAGUCCCUUCCCCUCCCUGCUCUCUGUCCAGCAAGGUUUGUUUUGGCAGCCCUGGGUGUCUGGUGUGUGGAUGGCACUGGGUCACACCAGGGUCUGGACCCAGUGGUGCCCCCCUAUCCUGAACCCAGAUUCUGCUGACAGGGCCCAACCCACCAUGAGAUAAUGCCAUUCCAGAGGGAUCGUGGCUAAAGCCUCUCUUUCUGGCUGUCAGGUAUAUAAAGAAGAGGCAGCUGUAGAGGAGAGGCCAAAGCUCUCUGGAGAGAUUUUUUACUCAUUGCUUUUCAUCGGCAUUCUUUGCUCUCUGUCUUGCCUUACCUCCCUUCUUCACCUUCUGGAUUCUGAGCUGAGCAGGUUCAUCAGCCAUCCUGAGCCAAGCCAAGCCAAGUUAGACCAAACUGUCUCCAGUCACUAUGGAUAUUGCCAUCCAGCACCCCUGGUUCAGACGGGCCCUGGGCUCUGCCUACCCUGCCCGACUCUUUGACCAGUUUUUUGGAGAGGGCAUGUUUGACUAUGACCUCUUCCCCUACACCGCCUCCACCAUCAGCCCCUAUUACAGACAGUGGCUGUUUCGCAGCUUUUUGGAUUCUUCCAACUCUGGCAUCUCUGAGGUGAGGUCUGACAGGGAUAAGUUCACAAUCUACCUGGACGUCAAGCACUUCUCCCCUGAUGACCUCAGUGUGAAGGUCACUGAUGACUACGUGGAGAUCCAGGGCAAGCAUGGAGAAAGACAGGAUGACCACGGUUACAUCUCUCGUGAAUUUCACCGCCGCUACCGCCUCCCCUCCAAUAUUGACCAAUCAGGAAUCACCUGCACCCUGUCACCCGAUGGUCUGCUGACUCUGACCGGGCUAAAGGUCAUGGGAGGGAUUGAAUCCGGCCACAGCGAACGCAGCAUCCCUGUUACCCGUGAUGACAAGCCCAAUGCUGCAGUGUCCUCUUAGAGGCUGUGCGGUGGAGAUUGACGAGGGGUGCUGGAGGGGCUUGUACCCCCUACAAUGUGUAUCAAAGGGGAUGGAUGACCACAGAAUCUAGAUGCUCCACCCCUUGGGUUCUUUUUCUCCCUUUCUCUUAGAUAACAUCUGCGUCCUCCUUGUUUCACUUUCUCCUCUGUAGAUUCUUUUUUAGCACGCUGACAGUAUUAUCAGUAUUGUUGUUUGAGAUUAAUAAAAAUCUGCUCAUGAAGGUAGAUAAGCAAAGGGCAACUGAAGUUUUGAAGAAAAAUCUCAUCAAGGACAAGACAUUCUCAUGCAGAUACCUCCUUCUGUGUCAGAGCAAGCCCUCUGACAGUACAGAUGGAUGAAGUUAAGUUUGGAGGUAAAUGUCACACUUGUCCCAGAUUUUCCAUCUGUGAAGUUCUGAGGCCCCCGGCUUCUUCCAUUCUUGUGCUGACUCUUUGAACCCUCUCUUCUUUUGUCUUGAAUAUAUCCUGUACUAUAGUCUAGGCCUUGUUGGAUACCUGCUCAUUCCUGAGAGACACAUACUAAAGCAACAAUAAAG